CGGCUCGGUGCCGCAGUUCUGCUUCUGACAGUUCAAUUGUGCAUACAUGUUUAUCCAAUGAGUUCAAUGGGACUUACUUCUUGGUUACAGUGAAGGAUAGAAAUUCAUUGUCAUUUAUGCAUUUUGAAUGUACAAUUUUAUAAAACAUCAAGUUUGAUGAAGAGGUAACACUUGAGCCAGCACAAGUCUUGGGCUCAUCCUGCCCCCCAUCCCAGAAUUCUGAAGCUAUAACUAAUCCUGGGCAACUUGGAAGACCUGUAGGAGAAUGAGCAUUUUGCUAAUUGAAGCUUUUUAUGGAGGUUCACACAGGCAGCUAGUGGAUCUUCUGCAAGAAGAAAUUGAAGAUUGUGUCCUCUUUACUCUUCCUGCAAAGAAAUGGCACUGGAGAGCAAGGACUGCAGCUCUCUACUUCAUGCAAACUGUGCCAGCCAAUGCUGGUUACAGGAUCCUUUUUGCAAGCUCAGUGCUUAACCUGACUGAACUCGUUGCCCUUCGGCCUGACCUUGGCAAACUGAAAAAGGUCCUUUACUUCCAUGAGAACCAAUUGACAUAUCCUGUCCAGAAAUGUCAGGACAGGGACUUCCAAUACGGGUACAACCAGAUUCUUUCAUGUUUGGUUGCUGAUGUUGUGGUCUUCAACUCUAUUUAUAAUAUGGAGUCAUUUCUAACGUCUAUUGGAAAGUUUAUGAAGCUGAUGCCUGACCAUAGACCUAAGCAUCUGGAAACUUUAAUCAGACCAAAGUGCCAAGUCCUUUAUUUUCCAAUGAAGUUCCCUGAUGUGAGCAGGAUUAUGCCAGAACACAAACUAGCCCGUAUUGAGAAGAUGCACAAUGCUACAGGAUAUGGAGAUGGUUAUCUGCCUUGCCAAGAAACAAAUUGUGGAAUAAGCAUCAGUGCCUCUGACCUUGCACCUGGACAUAGCGAAAUACAGUCUCAACUUCAUUCCCUGUUGCCACAGAGUCUUCACAACCAAUUACCAACACUAGGAGAUUUGGACAAGCUUACAUCUUCAAAAAGCACACCUUUUUGUCAAGGGAAAGAUAGCCAACAUAUAACUUUUAACCUUUGCAAUGUCUCAGAUAGAUUGGACCUCCAGAAGAAACCUUUGCACAUUGUUUGGCCCCACAGGUGGGAACACGAUAAGGAUCCCGAAAGUUUCUUCAAAGUACUGCUGGAAAUGAAAGAGAUGGACCUAAGUUUUCAUGUGUCUGUCCUUGGAGAGACCUUCACUGAUGUUCCAGAUAUAUUUUCAAAGGCCAAAAAGUUAUUGGGAUCAUCUGUCUUACACUGGGGCUACUUACCUAGCAAAGAUGAAUAUUACCAAGUUCUGUGCAUGGCUGAUGUUGUCAUCUCCACAGCUAAACAUGAAUUCUUUGGCGUGGCAAUGAUAGAAGCUGUGUACUGUGGCUGUUAUCCACUUUGUCCCAAAGCUUUGGUAUAUCCAGAAAUAUUUCCAGCUGAAUAUCUGUAUUCUACACCUGAACAGCUUUUUAAAAGGCUUCAGAAUUUCUGCAAGAGACCAGACAGUGUAAGGAAACAUCUCUAUAAGCCUCAGGUGGAAGCCUCCAAAGAACAGCCCAGCCUGCCUGAUGUCAGGGAGAGAUGUCUCAGUUUUCUUGGGCAGCACUCCGUGGUAAAUUCAGGUCUCUGCUCGCAACAGAACCCCAGGAAGAUUUGUGACAGAUGGGGCUAAGUCACAAACUUGCAGCCUAAGGCAAAAUCUGUAGAACUUUCCAGAGUGUGCCCAUAUUUACCUGAUCAGAGAGAAAAUAAAAUCUGCAGAGGAAGCUCAGCCUGGCUGCUUGUCAUAGCUGACACAGAGCCAUCUGCCACAAACCUGUGGCGGCUUCAGAUCUCCAAUCCCUGCCACCACCCUGACUCAAAUUAAAUACAGAUUCUGGGAGACGUUACGAUGGUUACACAUGUCCUCGGCAUCACAUGCAGGAGACUGUUCAAAAAAAAAUGUGGCCUGUUGUAUAACUGCACUCAUGUAUCCCAUAUGUGGUGCCACAUUGAAUUUCCGGUCGAGUAUGUUUUUAUCCUUUGUACUGGAUGACACGGUGCCUGAAUUCUUUAUUUUUUGUCGAUGUGAUGGCAGCCAACAGUGAAGCUUCAAACGCUUGCUUCUUGGCUGGCUUUCUACCUAGGUUGCCAGGUUAUCAUUGGAGCCUCAUUGUGUCCUCCAAGGGCCACAGGGUCUGAAAGGAGGACCAGGAUUCUCCUGGAGUAACUGGGCAGGCCUCUGUGAACUAUUCAGAUAUAAAGGGCUGAUUUUGAACUCCCCCUUCCCCCCCCCGCACAUCCUCCCUCUCUUUCUCUCCCCCCUCCUUUUGCAAAUUAAUGACUCUGUGGCACAGGGGUUUUUAAGCGAAGGUAUUAAUAAGAGGUCUGGCAGGUAUUCCCAUGAUUCACAGAGCUACAUUUGCAUUUAAUUAAUCUUAAAGAAAGCUGCAAGAUAAACAGCUGUAAUUCAAAGUAGCAUGGGAAAUAUGCUGCACGGUGCCAUCUAUCUGAUAAAAUGAAAGGUGAGACACUUCUUUUAUUUCUUUCAAGGUUGAAGAACAAACAGAUAGACGUCAAAAUGGUUCCAAUAAUAAAAAAAAUUAAAUUAUAGUUUUAAUGUUACUAACGUUCUUUUUAAAGGGGGGUGAGGGUGGGAGGAGGAGGGAUGAGAAUUUUACAUCCUACUUACAAAUACACACUUUUCAAGAUAAACUGAUUACUCCUCUAGCAGUCAAGCGGCUGCAUUUGUUGAUGUUAAAUGUUUUAAAGAUUUUGAUUGUACAGCACAUUUUUAUUAAAGUGCCCACUGCAUUUUUAAUUAUCGCAUCUCAUUCAUGUAUAAGUGUGUACAGCUAUCUGUAUGUUUAUCACCGCACACAUUCUUGUAUCAGAGUCAAUGAAUACAGCUGGGGAUUUAUCCAGUGCUCUAGAAUCUGUUUUGCAAAUGAUAAUGAAAUGUUCCUACAAUUCCCCCAAUAUUUCAGCUGUGUUCCUGGGCAGGUGGUGCAGAUGAGGUAAACAGAAAUGCUAAAAGAGAUUGUUGUGUCUCUGUUUCUUUAUCAACAAGCAGUUAUUUUGACCUACCUACCUUGGGGUUAGAUAGUGUCUUCCUAUCUUGAGAAGCACCUGUUGCACAAACAUCCCGCAAAGGUGUUACUUGCCACUUUUAUAUCCACAUACAAAAUAACUCCCAGUCCUUUAAUGCACAGCAGAAUGUGCUAGGAAAUUUGUUUCUGUCCUAAAACUGUAUCUGUUCUUUUGAACUCUGAACUUGUAACUGCCAAAGAAGCAUCUAAUCUGUUACAUAAAAUAAAAGUUAGGGGCAUCAGUUAUUAUAUAUAGCAAAAGGAGAUAACUGUGAACAUUCCUGUUCCAUAUAGGCCUUGUAAGCCAGCCAGAUAAAACGUUAAGAAUCAAGUUACAGCAGUGCUGUUCCACUUUGUGCCACCAGAUUUUAUUGGACUACAGCUCCCAUGAUUCCUUGACCAGUUGCUAAGCUGGCUGGGGAUGAUGGGAGUUGUAGUCCAAGAAUAUCUGGGGACCCACAGUUGAAGAACAAUGUGUUAGUGCAUCCAAUGCAGUGUAAACAUAAUUUUACAAUAUGUAGAUCCACAAUUACCAUUGCCAAAGAUCAUGUAGGAAUGAUAAAUAGAAAAAACUAUUAAGAAUUAAGAUAUUCGGUUUUGCCUUGUUUAUGAGUUACUUUGAAUCUGUAGGGUAAAAAUAAAACGGUCUCUCCUUUUGGGGCAUCUGUCUCUCCAGAUAGAUAUAGUAAUACCUCCGUUAACAAAUCCUCCAGGAACAGAGCUCUUUUUAAGGAAGGGUUUUUAAAGGUGAAACUGACCAGUUUUGCUUUGUUAUGGAUAAACUUUCAAGCCUGUGCCUUUGCUUUGCUAGGGUGAAACUGACCAGCCUGUGUCUUGCUUUGCUCUCAAUACACUGAUAAGCCUGUGCCUUUGCUUUGUUAGGAAGAAACUGAUAAGCUAGUGUGUUUGCUUUCCAUUAAAGAGAACUCUUGCUUUUUCCUGGGGCUGGAGAGGGAAGGAUCCGACACGGUUCGUAGGAGAAGGAGGGGAGGGGGUGGGUGCUGGGUAGGCACCCUUUAAAGCUGCCCCCGCCAUCUAUGAACAGGUGUAGGAACCUAUCCUUAUUCUUUCCAUAUUAUUCCUCUCUUUGGUACACAAGUUUCUGUUAAAGAAGUAAUGUCCAGGAACGCAUCUACUUUGUUAACUUCUCACAAUUAAUUACUCUAAAUCCAAAGUACUGGUAUUCUCUAAGAGAAAGGCCAGGUAUUCUUGGUUUAUGGGAAUGAUAGAAUUGAACAGGCUGAUUCCUAUGAAUAUCUGGGUAUUUGGUUCCAUGAAGCAGCAAGCUGGAGACCCAGGAAAAAUUUGUUAAGGCCAAAGCUGAGAAAAACAUGGGCACAUUGACCCGCUUCUUUUUUACUAAGGGUGGAAAAUUUCUGCCAGCGGCCAUUUGUGUUUUUAAAACUAAAAUAGUCCUUCUGAUUCUUUUUCAAGGGUACAUUCAAAGAAUUCAAUCCUUUUUCCUUAGGUCCACCUUUGGUGUCCCAAGAUUUCUGGCUUCGCUGCUGUCUGGUGCUUACUCACAGCUCCCUUACAUCUCAGGCAAUAAGAGAUUCCACGGGGUCAUAUUGGUCAAAGACAGUGGUGAAAAAAGUUAUUUCAGUAGGCCUCUCCCCUUCUGAUCUGCUUUCUAUGGAUUUUGAAAGCGCCAAAGGGAUUGUCAAACAGAGGCUAGUGGAUAUGGAUAACCAAGAACUCUCUGCAGCCGCACAGGGUCCUUGUUCUCCCCAGUCACUGGGUCUAUCAGGUUUUUUUCACAAAGACGGGAUGCCCUACCUAAGCUGGUUAUUUAUUCCCAAGUAUAGGAGGGCAUUCUCUUUGGCUCGAUUUAAUGUCCUACCUUCUAAACUUUUGGAUGGCAGAUAUAAAAAAACUCCAAGAAACAACAGAUGUUGCCCCUGUGAUAAUGACGAAGUGGAGUCUGUUUCACACAUCCUGUUUACACAUCCUUGUAGCUGUUAGGAAGGGGCUAGAAAAGACCUAAUAUACCCUAUUAUGCAGUCUUUUCCAGGCCGUUCUUUUGAAUCCACUUUGAUUGUUUUACUUGAGGGUUCAGAUAAGACAAUUACUGAGCAAGUGGCAAAAUUCUUGAACUUGGCCAUCCAGACUAGACCCUGUAUGAUUGUCAAUGGUAAUUAAAUACCUUGAGUUGUUUAUAUAAUCCAGUUUGUUGCUCACUGUACCCUGUGUUACCAUGUAGUUUUAUAACUCCCAGCAUUAUGUUUUAUAUUUGUGGUCAGUUAACUAUAAAUAAAGAUUGAUUGAUUGAUACUUUGUUAACUGUGGUAUUACUGUAGAUAUAUAAGCCAGUUCCCAAUAUUCAGUCAGA